CUUACCCUGACCUCGACAUCAAAAGUCGUUGCUCAACAUCUCCUCUCUUCUUGUCGCGCGACUCUCUUCUCUUGUUGCCUUUUAUUCAUCAAAGGCUGAAGCGCUUCAUCUAAUCGAUCCAACGCCUCCAUCGUCGUCGAAUCGCCCUCGCCCUCCACUUCCCCGAUUUUCGUCCACUCAGGAAAAGAGAGCCAACCCGUGCAACUUCUCGCUGCUGCCCCGCCGUCGGAAACUCGAGAUAAACCCUUUUUUUCCGGGAACAAGCCCUUCCCUCUUCUCGCCGACAACAACUUGAAAUCCUUCCACAACACAACAAAACACACACAACACCGCCAACAUGGUCAAGGAAACCAAGUUCUACGAUACCCUGGGGGUUUCCCCAACUGCCACUGAGCAAGAGCUCAAGAAGGCCUACAAGACCGGUGCCUUGAAAUACCACCCUGACAAGAAUGCGCACAACCCCGCCGCAGAGGAAAAGUUCAAGGAAAUCUCCCACGCCUACGAAAUUCUCUCCGAUUCACAGAAGCGCCAGAUCUAUGAUCAAUAUGGCGAGGCCGGCCUCGAGGGCGGUGCCGGUGGUGGUGGCAUGGCCGCUGAGGAUCUGUUUGCCCAGUUCUUCGGCGGAGGCGGCUUUGGAGGAGGUCUUGGCGGCAUGUUUGGAGGCGGCGGCAUGAACCGUGGUCCUCCCAAGGCCCGAACCAUCCACCACACUCACAAGGUCUCCCUCGAGGACAUCUACCGCGGCAAGAUCUCCAAGCUGGCUCUCCAAAGGUCCAUCAUCUGCCCCAAGUGCGAGGGUCUUGGUGGCAAGGAGGGCGCUGUCAAGCGCUGCCCUGGCUGUGAUGGCCACGGUAUGAAGACCAUGAUGCGCCAGAUGGGUCCCAUGAUCCAGCGAUUCCAGACUGUCUGCCCCGACUGCAACGGAGAGGGUGAGAUCAUCAAGGAGAAGGACCGAUGCAAACAGUGCAACGGAAAGAAGACUACCGUCGACCGCAAGGUCCUCCACGUCCACGUCGACAAGGGUGUUAGAAGCGGCACCAAGGUCGAGUUCCGAGGUGAGGGUGACCAAGCGCCUGGUGUCCAGGCUGGCGAUGUCGUUUUCGAGAUUGAGCAGAAGCCUCACGCCCGCUUCACCCGUCGGGAAGACGACCUGCUCUAUGUUUGCGACAUUGAGCUCAUCACUGCCCUUGCUGGUGGUACCAUCUACGUUGAACACCUCGACGACCGGUGGCUCGCCAUUGAUAUUCUCCCUGGUGAGGCCAUUGCUCAAGAUGCUGUCAAGAUGGUUCGUGGUCAGGGUAUGCCUUCUCCUAGGCACCACGACUUCGGGAACAUGUACAUCCGAUUUAACGUCAAGUUCCCCGAGAAGAACUGGACCGAGGACCCCGAGGUCUUUGAGGCCCUCCGGAAGGUUCUUCCCCCGCCAGCUGUCCAGAACAUUCCUCCUCCCGAUGCCAUGUCGGAGCCCGCCAGCCUCGAGGAUCUCGACAAUCAGGCCCAGACCAGAGUCUUUGGUAACUCUGACGGUAUGAUGGAUGAUGAUGACGAGGAUGGCCACCCCGGUGGUGAGCGCGUGCAGUGCGCCUCGCAGUAAGCCAACUGUGACUGAGCCAGCACUCCACUCGAGUGCAGCAACAACUCUCGACGCCAAAGCGGCGUCGGCUGCCAAAUCGUCGUCCUUCAACUAGGAACACAAAACAUGACUUGUGUGGGACGACAGCGCAGCUGAGGAAGGGCGUUGACGAGCCGAUCAGCGUCGCCUAAUCAUUCAAUGAUACCAUAACGAGCGGAGGAUAUAGUCUGUGCAGUGAUGGUGUUCACGCGAGGCUACCGGGGAGGGAUGAGCCGAGGAGGAGCUGAGUGGACGUUGUCACGCACUUUUAGGAUCGUGUUUCGGGGUCGUGGGAGCAUUUGAUCUGACUGGGAGGCGUUUUGAGGUCAUAGACGAUUAAAUGAAUUUGGUAGUUGCAGACGUAGACCACGAACAUGAUGAUUUGAUUUUCAG